AUGGAAGGGCAUGGGAAUGCCGUUGUCGACAUGGAUGGAGAUGAUCGCAAAAUUCGUAGUGGAUCGGUAUCAAUUGAUGUAUAUUCAGAUAUUGAUGCAUCCAUUGUUUGUGAUUCAUGUGAUAUGUGGUAUCACGUUUUUUGUGUGGGAUUUGAUCCUAAAGGAAGAUGUGCUCGCUCUUGGUUGUGCCCAAGAGUCUUGGUUUUUGUUGUUGAUGCUGGUGAGACAGCUGUAGUCGUAUCCCUGUUUGAUGAAAAUCAAGAGUGUUGCAUUGGUUUAGAUAAAAGAGGAGAAGUCAGUUCAUUGGAUUUUAACCUCAUGUGUGCCCUUUUAGAACUAAUGACUACCCCACUUCCCUCUUCACCUCAUAUUGGCACUUGCUUACCCCCCCAACAAACGAUUUUCCCUAUCAUCCCGCAGUCGGUCAACUUUGUUGACCUCUGCGACCUCCCGAGUAGGGUGGAGGUCAAGGAGGCUAUUUUUAGGAUUUACCCCAAUAGUGUUUCUGGUCCGGAUGGUUACUCAGCUCUUUUCUUCAAGGCCUGCUGGGAGAUUAUUGAGACUGACGUUGAGGAAGCUGUGGUGGAUUUCUUCUCAGGUCAUCAGAUGUCGGAGUCCUUGACAGCAACCUCUAUUAUUUUUAUACCUAAAAGACCUGGCCUGACUCUUGGUCCGAUUAUAGACCAUCAGCUUUUGUAA